AUUUCAUCAUCGCAGACAAGCAGUAUCUCGCGAGAAGUUGGACCGGAAAAGUGAGGAAAGGGAGCAAAAUCCGGCGAAACUCGGAAGUGAAGCUGUACUUUCGGUUCCCUGGCGACUUGGGCUGCCGUAGGUUGUGGAUCUCAUGUUUGACUACUGGCGGGAUGAUGUUGACCCGGCAUCUGAAAGGAAAAUCAGAAGGGAAGCUUGCAAAACAGAUUUGCAAAGUUGUGUUGGAUCAUUUUGAGACACAAUAUUCCAGAGAACUCGGAGAUGCCUGGAAUACAGUAAGGGAUAUACUAAUAUCUCCAUCACGUUGGCAAUAUGCAGUCCUUCUUAACCGAUUUAAUUAUCCCUUGGAACUGGAAAAGAAUUUACAUAUGAGAGGCUAUCACACACUCUUUCAAGGAUCUUUACACUACUAUCCCAAAUCACUGAAGUGUUACCUUAGCAGAACUCCAGACAGAAUGCCUUCAGAAAGACACAAAAUUGGAAACCUAAAAAAAUACUAUCUUCUGAAUGCUGCCUCUCUUCUCCCAAUACUGGCUCUGGAAUUAAGGGAUGGGGAGAAGGUUCUGGAUCUGUGCGCUGCUCCUGGAGGAAAAUCCAUAGCUCUGCUGCAGUGUGCUUAUCCAGGUUAUCUUCAUUGCAAUGAAUAUGAUAGUCUGAGAUUGAGGUGGCUGAAGGAGACAUUAGAAUCUUUCAUCCCACAGCCUUUGGUAGAUGUAAUUAAAGUCACUGAAUUGGAUGGCAGAGAAGUAGGAGAUGCCCAUCCUGAAACGUUUGACAAGGUGUUAGUUGAUGCUCCCUGUUCAAAUGAUCGAACUUGGUUGUUCUCUUCUGAUUCUCAGAAGGCAGCUUAUAGGAUAAGACAAAGGAAAAAUUUGCCUCUUCUACAGAUACAACUCUUAAGGUCUGCAGUUAAGGCCUUACGUCCUGGAGGGUUACUUGUGUACUCUACGUGCACACUUUCCAAGGCAGAAAAUCAAGAUGUGAUCAGUGAAAUUUUAAACUCCUAUGGUAACAUCAUACCUGUGGACAUUAAGGAAAUGGCAAAGACUUGCUCCCAAGACUUCACAUUUUCUUUUACUGGUCAAGAAUGUGGGCUCUUGGUGAUUCCAGAUAAGGACAAAGCUUGGGGCCCAAUGUAUGUAGCCAAAUUGAAAAAGUCAUGGACUGUGUGAAAUUGGUGAUGGGCAUUUUGUAAACCAUGUCAGUGUAUUAUUUUAUUAUGUUUCUGGUCUGUCUAUGUUUUAAGUAACUAUGGAGUCACUUUCCCUGGUCUAUUUGGAAUCCUAUUUAGUUAAUACUUCUGCAUCUCAGAAUCUAGGCUUGAGCAUUUUCCAGGUGAAUUUUUUUUCCCUAGAAAUACAUCUAUAGCAUGAUUUAAGGUGGUACAGAUGGUGUUUGUUCUGUGUAAUAAAUCUGCUGUCUUUUA